CGAGCAGCUGGGAGGGGCCACCGCUCCCCUCACACAGCACCCACGACCACCAACCCGCCACCCGCCUUCACCUGCCCUCAACUCACCCUCUUACCCUCACCGCACCUGAAGCUCUUCCUACCCGGUCCAACCCUCUGAUUUGAAUCCAGAUAACUGAAAACCAAAUAACUGUCCUUCGAAAUACAAUUAGCCUUGCACCCUUACCUUACCGACUAAUCACGGCGGAUGGACGCUGCUGGUGAGCUCUGAGGAAAGACAAAGAAAAGCAGUUAAAAUGUGAAGGAAAACACGAAAUAAACACAGUAUUGGUACCAUAAACGUGAAUUCAAAUGUAACAAGAGACAAAUAAAAGAAACAAAGUGGCUAGUAAACAUUACAAUACCAGUGAAUAAACAGUAAAGAUAAAUAGGACUGCAAUUACAGGGAACUAAAUGCAAGACAGUAAAUGACGCAGCAUAUAAAUGGUUGAGUUAUAUGAGCAAAGUGAAGUCUGAACACAGUGAAACGGACGUUGUGUGUGCGCAGGGUGUAGGUGAAGUACGGGCGAGGAAAGAAAGGAAGCGAAGCAGUAAAUGCGGCAAAACAAAAGAAACACACAGGAAAAUUGAGGCGCCAGCAGCAACAGGCCGGCCUUCCUCCCGCACCAAUAAAGUAAAGUAGCUGCCGAAAGUUGCUCAUAAAACUGACCCAUAAAACCCGCACUGCAGCAGGAAAAGCGACACUCGCACCAACUUGCAUACUUACACCAGCUCCAGGAGGCAGACUGAAACACAGCCUCACCAGCUCCCUAGUAAAGUAGAUAGUGAGGUGAGAGAGGGACAGGUGUAGCCAGGUGUAAGAAGAGCCAGUCUAUCCCUCCAUGUAAGCCCCGCCUGCAGCUAAGAGAUCGCAAAGUUAGGUAAGAUACAGGAAGCUUCCAGGAACAGAGAACAAUCGCUUCCAGUUUAUUAAGAGAUCAAGAAGGAUCACGUUUCUAUGAACAUAAAGGAAUGACACGGAAGGUUUCUCAGAACACAUGAUAGCCGCCUCCAGCUCAGGGAACGGAUCAAGGAGACACAGGGCGUUUUUGAGAUUACAGAGUAAUAAUUGAGAUCAUUUGGGAAUCGAGACACUCACCGCAACCAUUAGGAGGUUUUUACGAUUAAACGGACUAGAAAAUACAAACGGUGUCCCUGUGGAGACAAGUGUGAACGAGUAGGUAUUCACUCUACUCAUUCACCGGUGGCAGAAAAUAUUUGAAACAUCUCGUAACACAGACCAAUAAGCAAACUAAGCCGCAAAAGUGUUUUGGAAAGGAACAUAUUCCCCAGAAAAAAAAAUCUAUGGUAGUUCGCAAGCAUUAAGGUGUUCAGGCCAAACGUAAACAUAAUACCAACUCAGGGUCUGGCAGAGGGUACUCCGAGGAGGGGGCGGCGAGAAAGACAAGAUGGGGUACAGAAGGUGAACCCAACAGGUGAGGAGGCUGCGAGCACCUGAAGCCCAGCCCGGGAGCACCAUUGUCCACGUGCAAUACUAACGAGGCUACUUUAAUCUUACCUCGCCAUCAAAGUGUUUGGACGUACCAGAGGCGCCCUUAGUGAGGAGGAUUCAAUGUGUUCAGCUUAAAUGGUCAUAUUGUCCACUUCAUCCGUUUUCGCUGUGCUGUGCCUGUGCUCUGUUCUCUAAUUACACACACAGAAAAACACAGAGCCACACAGACAGAAUACGCGUGCAGAGGAGACCGGCUGUUGCAGAAGAGGCAUCCCGGAGAGGAAGUCUCAUUCAAAAGCAUUGAUCGCUGCCAGAAGCAGCCAACGCAAGGCAACAAAGAAUUCUCAUUCCGAGCGCAAACUUGGACCGAAAACAUUCCGAGACAGGCGUGUGAAACUUGAAGCACCGCGACCGGCAGUAAAAACGAGAGAAAGUUGCCCCUGUUAAUGAAACUCUAGUCACAAACUUUAUCUUGUGGACCAGAAAGCGGAAAGACCCUGCCAGACAGCGCCGAUUAGAGGCUAAAAAUACAACCGCUAGCCCCCAAAAGACACUAUUUACUACCGCCCUCUCUCCCCACCCUCUAACAACUCCACCGCCACCACCACCACCACCACCACCACCCAUGAUGUCGGGGGGAGGCAGCGACUGGGCCCAGCACCUGCCCUUGCUGGAGAAGUACCUGCCCCGCGAGAACCUGCUCAACAUUCUCCCCAACGUGUCGCAGGAGAAGCUUGAGUUCUUCCUGAGUCUGAUGAAAAAUGACACGAACGGGGAAGUGCCCCAGCUGCCCACCCCGACCGACCACGCCGCCUGCGAUGUGGGCUUCCGGGACGGGUACAAGGAGGUGCACGGCUACCUGGCCCUAAUGAUCUGCCUGCUGGGCGCCUUCACCAACGUCCUUAACAUGGUGAUCCUGACGCGGCGGGAGAUGAUCAACUCUACCAACACCAUCCUGACGGGCCUGGCGGUGGCGGACUUCCUGCUGCUGACCGAGUACAGCUUCUACGCCGCCUCCUACAUCAAGGGCCAGGACUCCAUGUUCGACAGCUACGUGCACUCCGUCUUCAUCCUCUUCCACGCACACUACACGCAGGUGACGCACACGGUCGCCAUUUGCCUGACCAUCACGCUCGCGGUCUGGCGGUACAUAGCCAUCUGCAAGCCACACCUCAACCUGUUCCUGUGCACGCUGCCUCGGGCCAAACUAGCAGUGUUUUUUGCCUACAUCAUCUCGCCCAUCCUCUCCGUGCCCAACUACCUCGUCUACUCCAUCCACCAGUACUGGGACGAGUACAACAACGCGUCCCUGUACCACGUGGACUUCAGCGAGCGGGCCAAGGCAUACAACGGGCUCCUGCAGCGCAUCAACUUCUGGUUCCACAGCGUCCUCAUCAAGAUCCUGCCCUGCCUCCUCCUCACCAUCCUUAUCUACCACAUCAUCCGCGCAAUGUAUGUCGCAAAACGGCGCAAGGCCAACCUUAUCAAGAUGGGAACCCCCUCCAUGGAGACAGAUCGUAAGCUGCCCCGCAUGGAGAAGCUCACGGAGAAGACGACCAGGAUGCUGCUGACGGUGCUGCUGCUGUUCCUGGCCACCGAGAUGCCCCAGGGCGUGCUCUCGCUGCUCUCCGGCAUCUACGGCAGAUCCUUCUUCACGCAAUGUUACCUACACUGGGGGGAGGUGAUGGACCUGCUCGCCCUUAUCAACAGCGCCGUCAACUUCCUGCUCUACUACAUCAUGUCACACCAGUUCAGGGUCACCUUCCGCUGCCUCCUCUACCCGCCGCCGCCCAUCAACCUCUCGCCGCGAAUCCAAGGGGAGACGGUCUCGACGCAGCUCUAAGCUCUCGCCGAUCCCCCCCCCCCCCACACACACACACACACACACACACACACUUUCAAGUACCUAUCUAAAGGAGACAUUGGCACUCCUCCCCUGCCACUCCCUCAAGAAUAGUGGAGGCCUCUUCGUUCGUUUUCAAGGCACCCACAGCGGCUCCAACCCUUAACUGAGCCGCCUCGCCCCACCCCGCCCCGCCCCGUCGCCAACAUAAGGAAAUGCUGACACUCCCUCCGGCGCUGGUGGCUCCCCCUCAAGAACAGUGAAGGCCGCCUCGUGUGUGUGAGGAAUAACGACACCCACUGCGACCCCCCAACGACAAAGUUUAUCCCAUUGGACGGCAUUGUGCUCGUCCACCUACACACCAGCCUACACGCUUGCCCACCUUCCUGCUAACCUAUCUACAAACCUACCUGCUCACUUACCUAACAACCUACCUGCUUACCUAUCUACCUGCCAACCUGUUUACCCACCUACCUGCUUACCUAUCUACCAGCCUUCCUGCUGACCUAUCUACUAGUUUAACUGCUUACCCACCUACCUCUCAACCUAUCUACCAGCCUACCUAUGUACAUAUCCGGCUACCUGCCUGUCUUCUCCUUGCCUAACUGUCUACCCGCCUGCCUGCCCCACUAGGGCAAGACGCCCCGAGAGGCCAACGCCAGCAUCACUAACAGCUUAGCAUGACAGACACCUCACGCCCCCACCAGCCUCAGAGGGAAGCGCUGAGGACGUUGAGGAAAGGCUGUGCACUAUGGGUAACCUCCCCCCCUUCCCCCAUCACACGCCUUGCUGAGGGGUGUGUGACGUCUGAGGUUUUCCUGCUCAGCCUCACACCAAACACUCCUCAUCGGUACCUCCCAAUGGGUGUCGACAGGCCUUCUGAUACUCUUGCCUCUUUACGUCUCCCCUACCACAUCCUUCUCCUCCUCCUCCUCCUCACCUUCCCAUCCCCUCUACUCCUCCAGGCGCAUGCGGGACAAAGCUUCAUUAUGGGAGCCAAACGUCCUCCGGCAGUUCACACGUCACCGUCACCAUGACCAUCACUCGAGACCCUCAUCCCUCCCCCCUCACUAUCAAACGCGGGGCGCAAGCUAUCCCCUGAAAGUGAAAUGGGGCCACAUGAAGGCUGAGCCCCGCCGCGGUAAUCACGGGAGCCUGUAGCAGCAACAGUAUGUGGCGUGGGGCAUAGACUUAGGAUUAACUAGUCAUUAGCACCAUUAUAACACUUACUUUUAUAUGGGAAUGGAAUAUAUACUGUGUCUGUAUCAUGUUAAGCCCCUCGUUGCUUCUGAGCACAACCACUACUGGUCCUCGGUGUUCUGUUAGACGCUAAGUGUGGCGGCGAGCGGCAGUCACGGGCCCGGGGGCCGCCCUCCCCACAGGAGCCCCCUCACCUGACUUUGUCCUGAGCCCCCAAGGUCACCCAGGUGAGGCUAGGGGUCACCCUGAGGCGCUACCCUACCGGUGCAUCUCACCCCCGCGCCCCAGCUGACCCCCGCCGUCCCCCGGGUCCCCGCCGCCGCCCUUGUUGUUGCGUGGCGCCGGCAGCCCCGACGCGCUGCUUCACACACGAUUCGACUCUGCGUAACAAAACGAAGCUACACUCGCGUUAGCAAACAUUCUACACUCGCGUUAUAAGACUGUACACUUGCGUAAUAAAACGUUGUAAAUACU